CUCGUCACCGGCGGUGCGGGGUUCAUCGGGAGCGAACUAGUGAAGCAAUUGUUAGCGAUCGGUCUGCGCGUACGCGUGUUGGACGAUCUGAGCACUGGAUCUCGAGCGCGGUUGGCGUUCGCCGCGGAGAAGCAAAAGGAGGGGAAGUUUGCGCUCGUCGAGGGCGAUAUUCGACAGUACAAGAAUGUGAAAUCAGCGAUGGCGAACGUGGCGUACGUCUUUCACCUCGCCGCCGUGAGUAAGGUGAAACCAACGCUGGAUGCUUCCAAGCACGAUAUCGUCUACGCGUGCGUCGAGGCCAACGUCAAGGGCACGGAGAACGUGCUCAGAGCGACACGCGAGAGAGACGACGAGCUCCUCGCGGCGAAGAAGCGACGCGUUCGGUUCGUGUACACAGGAUCUUCGACGUAUUAUGGCAACCAACCAACACCCUUCGACGAGGAAAGGACGCAUCUACGAACGACGACGACGCCGUACGCGACGACAAAGGCGCAAGGCGAGGACUUGGCGCGUCUGUACUAUUCGAUGUACGGCGUCGAGGCGGUCAUCACGCGCUUAUUUAUGGUGUAUGGCCCAGACGAACCCGCGGAGGGCGAACAAGCCGUGGUCACCGGUCGAUUUUUCGCAUCCGCGAUCGCGGGUGAGGCGCUCGAAAUUGAAGGCGACGGCACGCAGUUUCGGGAUUUCAUCUUUGUCGAAGACGCCGCGCGCGGCCUCAUCCUCGCAGCGAUGAACGAUGCCGCGACCGGGAGAACGUUCAACAUAGGUUCGGGUACGAGCACUACCGUGCUCGACUUGGCGAAGAUGAUUUCAUCCAAGCAUCGUUUCGUCGACGCUCGAGAAGCUGACUUGAAAGGCACGCUCGCGUCGACGUGCUUGGCGAAACGCGUGUUGGGAUUUGAGGCGAAAAAGUUGCUCACGGAGUACGUCCGCGAC